GGUAUGGUGUCAUUCUGACACCAGUGACAGACUCGUUGCUUUGUUUGUUGCGAGCUGAGGACUGAGCUAGCUGCAGCAGUUUGCUGCUGUCAGCAAAGCAAGGACAGUAUGAAGCAGCUAUAAAAUAAAAAUAAUUAGUUUAUUGGUGAUCACUGAUCAGUGAGCUCGCUUUGCAGCUGAAGAGAACUGAGAAAAGCAAUGGCUGUAGCUGCUGCUGCCAGUGCUGGUGUCCGUGGUAGAGAUGGAGGCAAGGCAAUAUAUUUCUAUGGCCAUGCCCGAGACCGACCGUACGGACAGUUCAGUCAGUUCUACGCAGCUCCGUUUGAGCACGAGGGCCGGCGUUACGUCUGGGCAGAGCAAUGGAUGAUGGCGAACAAGGCUAUGCUCAUGGGUGAUGAGAAACAACUGGAUCUGAUCAUGGCAGCCAAGGCGCCUCGUGAUUGCAAGGCGCUGGGUAGGCGGGUGUCGCCGUGGGAUCAAGCCAAAUGGGACGAACACAAAUACGACGUUGUGCUGCAGGGCACUCGUCUCAAGGUGCAACAGAAUCCUGCCAUCAAACGGGUCCUCAUGGAUACAGCCAAUAGCACUUUGGCUGAAGCGUCGCCUUCUGACUGCAUAUGGGGAAUCGGAGUUAGUGUGAAGGACGCCAUGGCUGGUCGAAAUUGGCGAGGACAGAACUUGCUGGGUAAAGCACUGAUGGAAGUUCGAGACGAGCUGAAGGCGGACAGUGCGAAAUGAGCGCUGCUUCAGGGUGCGCAUGUGUUUGCGUGUUCCAAAUUCCAAUGUUACAUCUGAAGAGUUGUGUUCUCAUUGGGUCAGUGCUGGACAACUGUGAAAUUGGCGGCAGCACGGCAUCGGCAGGCUGAUGGACUCUUUAAACAAAAGCUCAUACACUGAUCGGUUCAUGCAUGUUCAUGUGCAUGGAUCAGUGUAUAUGUAUAAUACGCUCUAUGUAGCGCAGUACUAGUAGGAUUGGUCCCAGGGUUCGCCCUGCUUCAUCAACUAUGCCAGUGGUAUAUCUGCAGUGCAAUCAUGUACAUACAUUCAGUGCUGUCCUGUGCUGGCAUGAUCAGUGCAGUGCCACUGUACAUGUUCACCUUAUAAUAGCCAGGGGCCUGCCUGCCUUUGUUUUAUUCCAGUGAGCCGAUCUCUACCCAUUCUGUACUGAAACAAGUGUAACAGUAAAUUCGCAUCAGUGCGAUAGUUUCCUACGUUUUAAUAUCAAUAUUUACUUUUUCUGAUGGUGACCAACGCAAUUUCUUGAUUGAUUUGAUAUUGUGAAUAGAAGCAGAUUAUGAAUGUAGGGCCAAGCAUCUUGCUCCUGUUUUUUAUUUUUUUUAAUGUUGAGAUAGAAUAAUGGUGAUAAAGCGUCUACUAAACACACAACUGGAGAAAUGAAGUUGAAUACUUGA